AUGCAGCCAUGGGCAGUGCCGCUGCUGGCAGCUUCGUGUCUGCUGCUGCUGCUGCUCCCCGCUGAGGCCAGGGGCCACGAGGAGCUGGCGGCACGCACCGACAAUCGUCUGAGACUCCGCUUGCCCUUCUUCGGUGGCGGCGUGGGCCAACUUUUGCACUAUCUGCGACCCCUGGAGGCCAGCGUCACUGCUCGCACGGAGCUGCGCAGCGAGCUGGACGCCAAUCAUGUGACCUAUCGCGGCUGGCAGCUCUGGAAGCUCGACUUCAAUGUCAGCAUGGUGGAGCAGGGGGAGCAGCGAUCCCCGGAUGCGCAGUUCAAUGAGGCGGCGUUUUUGCUCUCUGUCGUGGCCCUGCUGGCUGCCUGCCACUGCCACUGCCACUGCCAAGUGCUGCUCUGGCGUAGCGUCUCCGUGCCGGAGACCCUCGUGGGACUGUCGGAACUGCCGCUGGCCCUGUGGUCACUCAAUGGCAGCGAUCUAUACGAGACCACCUUCGAGAGUCUGCAGUGGCUGUCGCCCAUGGACUUGCGGCGAUUCGACUUCCUGUCAGCGAGCUCCUCGUACCAGAUCAAUCGACGCUACAGGAACAGCUCCAGUGUGCAGCGCUACUACGGCCAUCAGCUGUGGAAGUUGCACGAGACGCGACUGAGUCAGCCGCAGCUGAGGGCCUUUUGGCGGCACUUUGGCAGCGAGGUGUGGAACAUCAAUCAGGAUGGCAUUGACAUUGUCAUCGAGCAGAAGAACGUGGCAGCUGCCAGGCAGUUCAUGCAGCAGGUGAGCUUCAGCUACAACGUGAUGAUCGACGACAUGGAGGCGGCCAUUGAUGAGACAUACGCAGAGGUGGAUGGCCAGCAGAAUCAAUCCCGACCCUGGCUGGAGCGCGAGGGCAUGCUGCUGACUUGGCGGCGCUUUCACGACCAGGGCGACAUUCAGCAGUUUCUGCAGACACAGCUCGAGGCGCACUCGGAGCUGGUGGAGCUGGUGCAGAUUGGUUUGACGCGCAACAAGCGACCGCUGGAGGUUAUCAGAAUAUCGAAUGGCAAUCCUCGGAACUGGGCCAUCGUUGUGGAUGCGGGACUGCAGGCGAGGGAUUGGCUCAGUCCCGCUGCCCUCACCUAUGCCAUAGCGAAGCUCACCCACUUGUGGUCGGAGAGCAAGCUGGAGAAGAUGAUGCGCCGCAUCGACUGGUACUUCCUGCCGCUGGCCAAUCCCGAUGGCUAUCAGUACGCCCGCCAGACCGAUCGCCUGUGGACCAAGAAUCGUGGCUUUGACCCUGCCAGCGGCUGCUACGGCGUCAAUUUGGAUCGCAACUUUGAGCACGGUUGGGGUGCGUCUGGCACCACGAGUAAUCCCUGCAAGAAUCUGUACAGAGGUGCCGCAGCCUUCUCCGAGCCCGAGACGCGCUCCCUGCGCAAUUUCCUGCUGGGCAUGCGCGACCAUCUCGGUGGCUAUGUCUCCCUCGGUGGCUACGGACAGACCGUCACCUAUCCCUGGGGCGAUGCCGAUUACGUGACGGAGAAUCAGCGCCAGCUGAGGCAAACCGCACGCCAGGCGGUGCUCAAUCUGCGGCGCCUCAACGAGGCCGAAUACUCCACGGGCACCAGCUACCGCCAGAAGCUGGCGCGUCCGGGCAACUCCGCCGACUGGGUGCAGGAUCGCAUCGAGCCGCAGUUUGUGUACAACUUAUUCCUCAAGGACCAGGGCCGUUACGGCUACCUCAUGCCGCCCCAUUACAUUGUGGAGUCCGGCGAGGAGGUCUUCGAAUUUCUACGCACCGUCGCACAGCAGCUGCAGUGAGCCGAGGAGCCUCUUCCGCGCAAUUUAAUUCUAGUAAUUUAUUCCUCUUUCUUUUGUAUGACUAAAAUGCAUAAAAUAAACACUCCGUUAACAGCGGUAACUUCCAACU